AUGUAUUCGGCCUUCAAUGAACGGAUUAGCGAGACGGUAAGUCCAAUUAGACGCGCACAAUUUGCAUGCCUUUAGGGCAAGAAGGAAUUCAAUCUGGAGCUGAUCCAAGACUUCAACAAGCUCCAAGAUGAAUGCAAUGUGUUGAAUCAGAUGAUCGAACAGAUGUUACUGACUGGAGGGAUUUGCAAAAGAUACACUGGCCAAGCAGCUUACUGUAAUUUGGGACCGAAUAGAAGUUGUCAUCAGAAUGAAGUCUUGGAAGAAGAUCAGCGGGAUCGUAGUGCCUGUCAUCGACCGAGUAUACCUCAGAAACGUCAAUCACUGCCAGGAUGGAUUCCAGCGUGUCAAUUUAGACCGGGAUCCACAUUAAGAAGACCGACUACUGCCUACCGUAACCGGAUUUAUUCGGCGCCUUCCAGAGUGACUCCUUAUCGAUGGAGACCCCGGAUUACUGUACCCAAACCUUUCAGAAUGACAUUACGGUAAAUUCUUUUAAAUAAAUAAAUGGAAAGAUUCUUUAGGGAUCAAAAUAGAUCAAGAUCAACAUACUCAAUGAGAUUCUUGCAGCAAAUGCUUCGGGAACAGCGAGAAAAACAGCUGGCCGAGUUGAAGGAACAUCAGAAGUUGUAAGGAUUCGAUUCCAAAUAUGAAAAGUUGAUUUAGAUUCAAAGCCCGACCAGUCCCCCCAACUACUUAUGCAUCGAACAACAAGUUUUAUGUGGGAGUAAGUCAAUAACUGGAAGCAAUGUUGUUUUUAGAAACUCCAGCGAUCCAAAUCAGCCCAUCAACAUAUUCGCCGAUCCUCGGAUGUCUCCGUCCGCAUUAAGCCUCGUCCCCCGCCCCUUUCCACCUUUAUUCCACCCAAAUCGAGAGAACCGAAUAAAGAAAAGACCAUCCAAAGGGCCAUUCUCAACUUGGCCAGAGCUCAUGAACCCGGGAAAAUGGCCGAACAUUCGAUGAAAUGGAAGGUCCAACACAGAUUAAGACAUAUUCCGAAAUGUUUCAUACGAAAAGAGUUCAUCGAUAGGGUCAGAUCAAAGUCUGUCCCUGAUUUCAGAAGACUGCACAGAGAUUUUGAAUUGAAAUUGGAUGAAGUGAGAAGGGAUAGGCCCAUUACAUUGACUCAGCCCUUCAAAUUUCAUACCGAAUAUGGCCGGCAUUACUGCGAGGUAAAUUUCCUGAAAUUUAUUGGUCGAAAUUUUAUAUCCAAACGGUUGUCGGAUCUAAUCCCAUAUGUCAUUUCAGAACUGGACCUUCCCCAAGGAGCAAGAACUCAUCAAGACGAAGCAUCUUAUUCCUGAUUGA